AUGGGAUUGUGUCAAAUUGCGCCAGCUGGAGUGUCCCUGCUGCUUGCUGCGUUCUCACUCACAGUCCACUGCACAACCACAAGGUAUUUCACCUUUGAGGAGGACGCACCGGGGACAGAGGUAGGCAACUUGUCCCGGGAUUUAAAGAUUGAUCCGGAUGACGACCCGGACACAUCAUUCCGCUUCAUGCAGGAGAGCAACUCCUCGGUGAUCCACCUGCGGGAGAGCGACGGGCUCCUGAGCGUGGCGGAGAGAAUCGACAGGGAGCAGCUGUGCCCCAGGUCCCUCCCCCGCUGCUUCAUCGCCUUCGACAUCGUGGCCCUCUCCAGGGAGAAGUUUCAGCUCUUCCACGUGGAGAUCGAGGUGAAGGACAUCAACGACCACUCUCCUCGCUUUGCGCGCAACCACACCAGCCUGGAGAUCGUGGAGAACGUUCCCCUGGAGUCCAGGUUCCCCCUGCAGAUCGCCCAGGACCUGGAUGUGGGUGAGAACUACAUUCAGAGCUACAACAUCUCCCCCUGCAGCCACUUCGCCGUGGAGGUGCGCGAGGGGGAGGACGGGCUGAAGUUUGCGCAGCUGGUGCUGGUCAGGGAGCUGGACAGGGAGGUGGAGGACUCCUACACGGUGCAAGUUACCGCUCAUGAUGGAGGAGUCCCCCCAAAGUCCGGAACCAUGACGGUGAACAUCAAAGUGUUGGACUUCAACGACAACAGUCCCACUUUCGAGCACAGCUCCCUGAAAGUGGAGCUGCACGAGGACGCUCCGGUGGGGCACAGGGUGCUCAGAGUGCACGCCUUCGACCCGGACCAGGGCGCCAACGGCGAGGUGACGUACGCGUUCGCGGACGGGUUGUCUCCUGAAGCCGCUCGGGUUUUCCACGUGGACCCUCAAUCAGGCGACGUGACGCUGAGGGCGCCCGUGGACUUUGAGAAGAGGAGGUCGUACGAGCUGCUCAUCAGAGCCUCGGAUCUGGGGGAGAACCCCGUCCCGUCCACGUGCCACGUCGUGAUCGACGUCGUGGACGUGAACGACAACGCGCCCGAGAUCGGCAUCAAACCCAUGACCUCCAGCUGCGACGGGGUGGCCUUCAUCACGGAGGCCGCGGCCGCCGAGAGCUUCGUGGCUCUGAUCAGCACCUCGGACAGAGACUCCGGCUCCAACGGGUACGUGCGCGUCAGCCUGCUCGGGCACGAGCACUUCGCCCUGCAGCAGGCCUACGGGGACACGUUCAUGAUCGUCACCUCCACCACUCUGGACAGAGAGAAGAUCCAAGAGUACAACCUGACCGUGGUGGCAGAGGACCUGGGCACUCCACCUUUUAAAACCCUCAGACAGUACACCAUCAGUGUGACGGAUGAGAAUGACAACCCCCCUCUCUUCAGUAAGCCCCUCUAUGAGGUUUCAGUGCUGGAAAACAACAUCCCAGGCUCAUACAUCGCCACUGUUGUCGCACGAGAUCCAGAUGUGGGGAAGAAUGCCAAAGUUUCUUAUACACUCCUGGACUCAGAGGUGCCCGGAGGAUCCCCUGUGUCCACUUAUGUUUCUGUAGACUCGGUUUCGGGGUCUUUGUACACGCUCAGGUCCUUUGAUUAUGAGACGCUUCAGCAGAUUGAGGUGGUCAUCCAAGCAGAGGACAGAGGCUCCCCUUCCCUUUCCAGCACGUCAACAAUCAGGGUUAGAGUCGUAGACCAGAAUGACAACUAUCCAUACUUCACCUUCCCCGUCCUCCUGAAUAACUCUGCUGAUGUCCUUCUGCCUUACAACGCACCCUCCGGCUACCUCGCCCUCUGUGUGUCAGCUGAAGACGCAGACGAGGGAGCGAACGGUGAGGUGUCCUACCACGUUGUGCAAGGUGACCCAAAGCUGUUUACCCUGAACAGAAACACUGGUGAGAUCGCUUUAAAGCAGAGGCUGACAGCUGAAAUAGGAGACGUGCUGGAAAUAAAAAUUGCAGUGAGCGACGGCGGCAGGUCCCAGCUCUCCAGCAGUGCAACAAUCAGGUUCAUGGUCUCAGACACAAAGCCCCCCGAAGACCAGGUCGUCAUUGUGCUGCGGUCCGGCGAGGAAGAGAACUCGGGCUUUGAUGGCUCGCUAAUUAUCAUCAUUGUGCUCAGUGGAGGCUGUGCCUUGUUGCUAAUUGCAAUAGUGGCUGUGGCUGUCAGAUGCAAGCUUGGCCGUGGGGGGAGAAGCCGUGGCAGGAAGAGAGAUGUGUGCCAGGGCCUGUUUGACGGCAGGCCCCUGCCCAUGCUCAGCUCAGCAGAACCAAACAUUUACACAGGCCAGCAGGGGUUCUUCCAAGAGAGGACGUCUUUGUCUCUAGAUGACUCCUGCCUGUACGAGGAGAGAAGCAGAGACUCUGACACAAAGAUCUUCCUGCCCUCCAAGCAUUUCCAACCAACAUCUUUGUGGCAAACUGACAGAUACUGCUUGCAAGUGAGUGGCAUCAGCAGCAACGACCAGCUGAGCGUAAAGGACAGCGGUAAAGGGGACAGCGACUUCAAUGACAGUGACUCUGACGCCAGCGGUGACGGAGGCAAGAAAAACUUCAGCACGUUCCAACCCAGGAUAAAAAGCGCCGCUAACAGCUUAUCAAGGGAUUGUCAAGGCAGCUACUGCGCGAUCCCACCAAGGAGCUUCAGAACCUGCAGAGAUGAUACGUACACCAUCGGCUUCUCCCCGGUGUCCGUCUUCAACAACCCCCACAGCAUUCAGAACGACUGCAGUUAUGGCACAAAUCAGCACCAGCCGAGAAGCAGCAUGCAAACUUUUUCCAGAUGUGGCACUCUUCCUCCCUACUUCCCCCAGCAGCUGCGUGACGCUGGUGUUGGACUGGCUGCGGUCCAAAAGCAAAGCCCCGACAUCCAAACGGUGGCGACAGAGUUAGAAGUUGCAACCAUCUUUUAAAAGUAAGCUACAAGCUCAUUGAGCUAGAACAGUGGUUCUCAAACUGGGGUCCCCCAAGGGUAUGCGAGUCUGUGCUUGGGGGUCCCCCUCCCCCCACCAAAUACAUAUGUAUAUAUAUUCUUUUAUUAUUAUAAUUUUUUUUACAA